AUGCACUUUGCGAGGCGGAUCUCGGGGCGACAACGCCUCCCGUCGCGACUGACGGAGCUGCUGGCGGAGGUCGAGGCGGAGAAGCGCGCCAAGGGCAAGAAGGGCAAGAAGAAGAAGAAGAAGGGCGGCGGGGCGGGCGGGGCUGGGCCGUCGCAGGAGGCCGAGGCGCCGGCAGAGGCAGCCGCAGCCAAGCCCGCGCCGUUGGACAGGGAGGGGCUGCUCAAGCUUGACAGGAUCCGGUUCGGCAUCACGCCGGAGACGUCGGUCGAGGGAUUGGCGGAGGCGCUGGGAGAGGCGGCGGGCGAGGCGAGCGAGGAGGAGGGCGACGAGGAGACGGCGGAGGCGGCCGAGGAGGAGGGUGAGGAGGAGGAGGGCGAGGGGGAGGGCGAGGAGGCGGCAGCGGAGGCGGCAGCGGAGGCGCGCCGGCAGGCUGCGGCGGAGGCUGCGGCCGUGGCAGCGGCAGAGGAGGAGGAGGCUGCCGCAGCGGAGGAGGAGGCGGAGGAGGCGGCAGUCGCGGCGGCAGAGGCGGCGCUCGCCGCAGCCAAGGCGAGGCGCGCGUCAGGUGCCGCUGCGAGGGCCAGGGCGCGGGAGGCGGCCUAG